GCACAUGUGUUCACAUCCGUUUCUAAGUUCAGGCGUGUGUGACGUGUUUACGUCGUGCGGUGCGCAUCAUAUGUAAUAUUUAAUUAUUUCUGUGUGGAAUAUAUAUACGUGUGAUCAAAAUGGAGAAACGAUAUUGUAAACUUAAUGCCAUUAAAGAAAUUGAGAAAAAUGUACAACAGCAUUGGGAUGCUAUACAACUGCAUAAAACGAACACAUUGGACGAAAUUAAGGAAUCUGAUGAAAAAUUUUUCGCAACAUUUCCAUAUCCUUAUAUGAAUGGACGUCUCCAUCUGGGUCAUGCUUUUUCAUUAUCAAAAGCUGAGUUUGCCGUUCGAUACAAUCGUCUCUUGGGAAAGAAUGUACUCUUUCCUUUGGGUUUUCACUGCACUGGUAUGCCUAUUAAAGCAAGUGCUGAUAAAUUAAAGAGAGAAAUGGAAAUAUUUGGCUAUCCACCAAAAUUUCCUGAAGAUAAUCAGAUAGUAAAAGAUAAAAAAAAAUCUGACGAAAUUGAAGAUAUGGAUGAUGAUAUAAUAAAGGAUAAGAGUAAAGGAAAAAAGAGUAAAGCAGUUGCCAAAGCAGGUUCAGCAUAUCAAUGGAAAAUUAUGCAAUCCCUUGGCUUAAAAGAUGAAGAAAUUAAAAAUUUUGUUGAUAGCUUAUAUUGGUUAGAUUACUUUCCACAGUUUGCUAUACAAGAUGCGAAAGCUCUUGGUGUCCAUGUGGAUUGGCGAAGGUCAUUUAUUACAACAGAUGUGAACCCAUUUUAUGAUUCUUUUAUACGUUGGCAAUUUCAGCAUUUGAAACGUAGAAAUAAAGUGAAAUAUGGAAAGAGGUACACUAUUUAUUCACCAAAAGAUGGGCAACCUUGUAUGGACCAUGAUAGAUCAUCUGGUGAAGGCGUUGGACCACGAGAAUAUACAUUGAUCAAGAUGAAAGUACUCAAUCCUCAAAAUCUUAUAAAUAAAUUUGAAAACAGUGAUAAAUCAGUUUAUCUCGUAGCUGCAACUUUGAAACCAGAGACAAUGUAUGGUCAAACAAAUUGUUGGGUACACCCAGACAUGAAUUAUAUAGCAUAUAAUUUAGCAUGUGGGGAUAUAUAUAUUUCUACAGAACGUGCGGCGAGAAAUAUGGCCUAUCAAGGUUUCUUCAAAAAAGAAGGAGAAAUAGAUAUUGUUCAACAUCUUACGGGCAAAGAUUUACUAGGAAUAGCAUUGGAAGCCCCUCUUACAAGUAAUAAGGUGAUCUAUGCGUUACCUAUGUUGACUAUAAAAGAAGACAAGGGUACUGGAAUUGUAACUUCCGUCCCUAGUGAUUCUCCCGAUGAUUAUGCUGCAUUAGUAGAUCUGAAAAAGAAAAAGGCACUUAGAGAAAAGUAUAAAAUUGCUGAUAAGAUGGUGCUGCCAUAUGAUCCAAUUCCCAUAAUAGAAGUUCCAGAGUUUGGCAAUUUAAUAGCAGUAACAUUAUAUGACCAAUUUAAGAUUCAAUCUCAAAAUGAUAAAAUCCAACUCAUGAAAGCGAAGGAAAUAGCAUAUUUGAAAGGAUUUUAUGAUGGUGUAGUAUUAGUAGGUCCAUAUAAAGGCAAAAAAGUACAGGAUGUCAAGAAAAUAAUUCAAACAGAAUUAGUUGAGUGUAAUAAAGCAGUUAUUUAUUAUGAACCCGAGAAAAUUAUUAUUUCGAGAUCAAAUGAUGAAUGUGUAGUAGCUCUAUGUGAUCAAUGGUACUUGGAUUAUGGUGAAGAGAAAUGGAAAGAAAAAACACUUGGGGCUUUAAAGAAUCUUGAUACCUUUCAUGAUGAAGUUAGAAAAAAUUUCCUUGCAAGUUUUGACUGGUUACAUGAAUAUGCAUGUUCUAGAAAAUAUGGACUUGGUACUAAAUUACCAUGGGAUGAAAGCUGGUUAAUCGAAUCUUUAUCAGAUUCCACUAUUUACAUGGCCUACUAUACAAUAGCACAUUAUUUGCAAGGAGAUCUUAAAGGACACAAACCUAAUAAAUAUAAAAUAGAAGCCUGUCAAAUGACUCCAGAAGUAUGGGAUUAUAUCUUCUUCAAAGACGUUGGCUUUCCUGAAAACACAAAUAUAGAUAAAAAAAUUUUAGAUGAAAUGAGAAAUGAGUUUCAAUAUUGGUAUCCAGUAAAUUUGAGAGUAUCGGGAAAAGAUUUGAUACAGAAUCAUUUAACAUAUUAUCUUUACAAUCAUACAGCAAUAUGGCCAGAUCAACCUGAAUUAUGGCCAAAAGGAAUAAGAGCAAACGGUCACCUGCUUCUAAAUUCAGCAAAAAUGUCCAAGUCAGAAGGCAAUUUUUUAACACUUGCCGAAGCUAUAGAAAGAUUCUCGGCUGAUGGAACGCGUUUCUGUUUAGCUGAUUCUGGUGAUUCAAUAGAAGAUGCAAAUUUUGUUGAAAAUUUAGCUGAUACAGCAAUUCUUAAACUACAUAAUUAUAUUUCUUGGGUUAAAGAUGUAUAUGAUAAAGUAACACACACAAACUUCAGAUUUGAAGGACCGUAUACUUUCCAUGACCAAGUUUUUGAUAGCGAAAUGAAUUUGAAACUACGGGAAACAGGUGAAAAUUAUUCGAAAACGCUUUUCAAGGAAGCAUUAAGAACAGGAUUUUAUGAAAUGCAAGCAGCUAAAGAUAAAUAUUUGCAGUUAAGUGAAAUGGAGAGAUGCAAUCAUAAUCUUAUUGUGAAAUUUAUAAAACUUCAAACAAUUAUGUUAUCUCCCAUUUGUCCACAUGUUUGUGAACAUAUAUGGAAAAAUGUAAUGCAUUCUGAAAAUAAUAGCAUAUUCGCUGAAAAAUGGCCUGUUGUUGAAAAAAUUGAUGAAAUUCUAAUAAAAUCAUCCGAAUAUCUAAUGGAAACUGCUCAUACAUUCAGAAAUCUUCUAAAAAAUUUUAAUAUAUUAAUGAAGAAAUCAAAGAAUAAUGAGAAAGCUAAGCAAGGAAUUAUAUGGAUAGCUAAAACUUAUCUUCCUUGGCAAAAUAUUGUCCUUACGACAAUGAAAGAACUGUAUUUUAAAAAUGGGAAUGCAUUACCAGCUAAUAAAGAACUUGUCACAGAACUAGGAAACAAAGAUGAAUUAAAAAAAUAUAUGAAAAAAGUAAUGCCAUUCGCGCAGUUUAUAAAGGAUAAAAUGAAAGUUAUUGGCAUUAAUGCUUUAGAUUUGACCCUUGAGUUUGACGAGUUUGAUGUACUUGAAAAGAAUAAGAAGUAUCUUGAAAAAACAUUAGAUCUUGAGUAUAUUAUUAUAAAAUAUACUGAUAAAGCUUCAGAGAAGACAAAAGAAGGAUGUUCUCCAGGGGCUCCAUACAUGAGUUUUUCUGCAAAGCCUAUAUUCCAAAUAUGGAUAAGUAAUCCACAAUUUUAUAGUGGUUUAUUUGAAAUACCUAUGAAGAUUUCGUUUGAAGACAAUACAACUGAAGAUAUUGUGUCAUAUAUCAUUAAAAAACAUAAACACAGAAAAGAUCUAAAUCCUGGUUCCAUCGAAUUAUAUCGGUAUGAUGACCCAAUUUUGGGACCAAGAAGUAAACCAAGAUCAGAUAAUAUUUUAAAGGGGAAAACUAAAAUUCCACCUAAUGCUGUAUUUAAUGUAAAUGCAAAAACAAAAAGUAUUGAAAUCAGUGUUGCUGAAGAUAAUACAUACUCAGUAGGCGAAUACUUAAUAUAUAUUGAUAAAUCUUUGGAAAAGUAAA